CGCGAAGCUAAGCUAUGGCAGGCCACAUAAGUUAGGGAAAACCAUUAAUGGAGGGUAUCCUUUUCUUUCCUUCAAGUAGGAAAGUUCAAAUCAACAAGCUACUUCUCCACGUCCCCUCCUCUCUUACCCUGUCCUACCCACCACGGCACCCCCAUAAAAGUUUCUGAUAUUUAAUGGUUCCACCCAAAUUCUUCCACUUUUUUGUGCCUUUUAAUUUCAUCCAAGACAGAGAAUAAAAAUUUCUUGCCAAAAGAAGGAAAAAGCUGUGAAAGAGGAACAGAGCAGAGAAUAAAUGUGGCAAACUCUGCCCCACAAAUCUUCUCUUAGAGAAUCACUCAAAGCCCUCGAAGCUGAUGUUCAACAUGCCAAUAGCUUGGCAGGCGCACUACCAUUGGAUUUAAAUGGGCAUUGUGUCCUCAUGAAGGUCGCAUAUAGCCCUAUGGCCAAUUUCUUGCUAUUUCUUAUAGAAUGGAUGGACUAUAGUUGCUUGGAUUCUAUUCCAAGCUGGUUAGGCCUCCUUCAUAUACUUGUAUACAAAGUGUACAUUGAUGAAAUGCCAACCAUGUCUCCCCACGAAAGGACAGCAACCCUCAGAGAUUUUUAUGCUGUGAUAUAUCCUUCACUGAAGCAGCUGCAAGGCAACCUCAUCGAAUUAGCAGAAGGCAAUAGUAGGGGAAUUCAUCUUUGUGACAAUUCAAGCAGGGGAGUGGAAGAAACGGUACAACCUUGUGAAGAUCUUCAGAGAGAAGACGAAUGUGGCAUAUGCAUGGAGAGCGGUGCAAAUAUGGUGCUGCCUAAUUGUGGUCAUUCCUUAUGCAUUAACUGCUUCCAUGACUGGUACAUCCGAUCUCAAUCGUGCCCAUUUUGCCGAGGGAGCCUAAACCAAGUGGACUCCGGAGAUCUGUGGGUUCUGACCGACAACUCUGAUAUAGUCGACACAAUCACGCUUGCAUAUGAGAACCUAAGACGGUUCUACCUAUACAUGGAUAAGCUACCGCCUGUAGUGGCCGCAACAAAUGCAUCACUUUAUGAUUACCUGAUGUAAAAUGUGGAAGAAGAAGAGAUCAUGGAUUUCAAGCACUGAGAAUUUGUAUAUCCAAGUGAAGCAUGACUACGACUUCUAAAUGGAGCUGUAAAUAUAUAUACUCUGUAACGUAGUUGAGACACAGGUUUCCUAGUACCUACAAAUCUACAAUACGGGUGGGCAUGGUUCAGUUCUUGUUACGAAUCGGCCAAUUCUGGUCCCACGAAUAGGAGAACAUUGACAGGCGUUUCCAAGUCCCAUUCCCGCGGGUUCAGUUCUUGCCACACAAGAAGUUUAAAUUUUAAGUAAAUUUAGUAGCUUGUAAUGAUAAAUAGUUUACAAAUAAGGGUGCACACACUAUUUAGAUGUAUUGAUUACCAUUGACAAAUAAGUGAAAUUCAAAUAAUUUCAGUACCAUAUUUGGGCGCCUCUCUGGAUUAUGUUUUGGACGCAAUAGACAUUUCUUGUUGGUAA